GCGYGGUGGUCCCAAYGGGGAGUCGGCCUCCCYKCCGAUUUUCGAAUUUCGRCCGGCGUUYGAAUGGAGGGGCGUCAGGCUGCUGCACUGUGUGAGUUCCUGUGGACGAACUGGAGACUUGCCCUCUCUCCCAGCCAUCUCCAUAUCUCUCAGCGGCCAUUGGGGGUUGAGUGCCUUGACACAGGGUGUUCCCAGCAGGGUGUGUCGUCAGCAGUCGAGCUUCCUCCUAGCAAUGCUAUGUGCAUGUACGAAGUGGGUGACGCGUUUGCCUGGUGGCCGUCUUGGCCAGCAGACAGGUGCAAGGUGGCUGUUUGCGCACUCUCCCUUGCGUAGCAGUGGUUGGGGAGCCGUCUCCUACCACGGUGGAUGGAAACGUGGAACUGUGUUCGAUGUUGAGAGUGUGAGAGGGGGUCUUGCUGGAAGUCUGUCGUCCAGCCUCAUGCGCUUGCGGGGGCGGUUGCGGCCCCCGACCGUCGGUUUGGCUGUCGGCUGUGUGAGGGAUGUGGAGCAUGGCAAUGGGACAGGCAUUGCUCCCAACAGUUCAACGACCGGCAGUGUGAGGCCAUUAAUGCCUGCAAGGCAGGUAGGGGAUGCCGGAACUGUUCCACGAUCACCUCCUUGUUCGAGGUCGGGAGCAUUGCUCUGUUGCUGCCGUGGUGAAGUUGAAGGCCAGGACUCGGCUUCCAAGGCUUCCACCGGACAGAGUGCUUCCGCCAUCGUCGUCGUGGGAGUGGAUUGGACGAGACGGGCUGCACUAUCAACGGAUGGAGCAAGGGAAUCACAUGCGGAGUGGUCAUGGACGCACUCGCAUUCUGCCAUGCCAUCAACCGGCGAGAAGAGCAAUGGCAUGGACAGUCGGUGGGCAGUGUACGGCCAAACGGCGAGUGSCCAUCGUCCGMCUAGUGAGGGAGUAUCGAGCRUGAGGCCUCACGRCAAUGACGGGGGAGCAUYGGUGCARGAUUCCGGUCGUCGACGAUCGAGGAAMRAAUCUCCCACCCAUCGAGACAUGCGAGACAUUCCURUGUCACCUACYGUCAGAUCGUCGAACCUUUCUCUGCGAUGCUUGGUCGACGUGGACGGUGGUGAUGAUGACAUGGACGGUGAGCAGCCGACAAUCGGCAGGCCAAGCGUGGAGGAGGGGACGCGAGCGCCAUUACCGCGGCCAGACAAGAACAAGCAGACAAGGCCUUGGGUUUUGGAGGAGAAAGUCGACCUUGCCGAAUGCAUGAGGGAGGAUGACGCGCUUAUGGCAGCCGCUGAUGGCAGACACAAGUGUAUGAAACGUUCAGAGAGAAACGAGUGGGUGUCGAAGAGGAUGGGGGAGAGGGGGUGGAGGAGAUCGGCCGAGAACUGCAGGAAGAAAUGGUCGGAGUUAACGAGCAAGUUGAGGGUCAUAAGGGACAAGUGUGGCGCAUCGGGCAAACCCUCGUAUUCGGAGAUGACAAGGGAGGAGAGAAAGAAGGAGGGGAUGUUCCCUGCCUUCGAACAGCCUGUUUGGGAGGCCAUGGCUUGACAGGGGAGGGAGGGAGCUCUGGUAAAGGUACACCGGAAGGAGGGGGGGACACCUCAAGGCGGAGGGACAACACAAGCAGGGACGACAACAGCCGACGGGGCGUCAGAUGCCCGUCCUACAUCAGCAGGGGGCAGGACAAUAGAUGGGCAGGGAACAUCUCAGGGGGCAGGAACCUCUCGACGAGGAGGGACGGACGAGACGGAGAGCGCACGGAAGACACGCUGCACGGGCGGUGGGAAAGGUCGGGUUACAGGAGAGAGCGGAUCAGCGGUUUCAAGCAUCGCCGAAGCAAUGCAUGUGUCGACGCGGGCGUACUGUGAAGGACUGGACAAGGUGUUGGACAGGGCCGCUAGUGUGCUCGCGAAGGCAAGCACCGAAGGAGCGAAUGUUGUCGCUGGCAGGAUAGGUGACAUGGCCACCCAGAUUGGCGAGGUGGCGACCGCCAUGCAUAAGGGAAAUGCGGUGCUGGAGCUGCUGGUGGGUGUCAUGGCACGACGAGGGAACAGCGACGGCGGGCGGAUCGACGAGAAGGAGGUCGUCGUGCAGGAGACAAAGCUCGAGCGAGGGAGCGAGCGCGACCGCAAAAUGGAUUGGGCCCCUGGCGUGCAAACUGACGACACGCGUGUCUAUUACGCACUGGUGAACGGCUUGAUGGCCAUGCGGAUCGUGGCAUGGCUAGGCUACGACGGGGAGUACAACCUAGUGGAGGUUGUACUGCGGGUGCGAAAACUAUCGAAUGUUGUCCCCGACACGUGGCAAACGCCGAACCCUGACGUCGUGGGCGACAUGGUGAGGUACCUCAUCUCCGCCAUCGCCGAGGAACAUCUGGCGGCCAUGGAUGCGAAUGCGUCGUAUAGUGCGGAAUUGGAGCCUCCCCUUCGUGGCAGGGGGUACCUUCAUGGCGCUAUCCGGAUUUGGUGCCCGGAGGACGACCUCAGGGCCGCGCGUAACAGGUGGUGAGGUCGAGUGUUCGUACGCAGCGGCAGGCGCAUGGAUGACACUGUUCAUGCGCCGCUGCGAUGGCCUUCCACGUGUGCAUGACGGGCGAUUAGUGGGGACCGUCGGUGGAGGGGAGGAGGAUUGAUUGGCGAUUAGUGAUUGGAGCGGUUCGCGUACCUCGUAUCGUGUGCAUGAUGCGCGUGUGUGCACAUGUCUCUGUACUGCUUCGAUGGGAGCAGGGUUUGGGUUCUUCCACGUGGACGAACUGGAGAGGGUCAAUCCUUCCUGUCAAGGAAGCAAUCAAUGCCCAUCUCCGUU